UGCUCAACGCCGGCGGUGGAGUACUGCUCACAAGCUCUAGUAUCACAGUGACCACGGAAAAACUCGAGCAGAUGGUUAACCUACUGAGCCACAUUGCCUAUGUUGGCCCGGACCCCUACAAUAACAACAGACUGACAGACGUGUCUGACACAGGCGACCUCGAACGAAAGCUGCAACUGAUGACAACCUACAUGUGUGAUGGAGCUCCGCGCGCCAACAUUUCCGUGGCGCGAAUACCGCUCUAUCUGGCACCGCCGAUUCCUCCUCCUAGCUGGGAAGCAGUGCCGCCUCCACCGGAUGCUUCCUAUCCAGUGGAAACUGUUGACCUGCCUGACAAAUCCGUGUGGUUGCCGAAGGAUGAAGUUGAGGACAACACUGAGGACAGAAGACUAGCUCAGCAGGGGACCCAGUCUCAACCGCGAAACCGGCCACCGACGAUCGUUGUAAGUGGUGUAAACACGAUCACUGCGAAUAUUCCCAUCACCGACCCCGGUCUGCCCAUGUUCCAGAACUUGAAGUUCACUCUGGCUAAUGCCAAUGGUAGGUCAUUAAUUGUGGGCUACGCGUUGUUCAUUCUUUCUAUUUUUGGACAUUUUUGUCAUUUAAGCUAG